UCUUGUUAAGGGUAUAAUGGAGUUGUUUGCUGGGUGCCGUGGAGCGUCCAGGUCAUUGCGCAGUUCCGUUCCAUCGGCGAUGCAGUUUUUCCUCCUUUUUUCCUGCUUUUUAGUUGCAGGUAUUUUUGCUUCGCAGAUCUCUGCGGAGCACGGCGAAACAGAGACGUAUAGCGAGCUACGCAGCAAGGGAAAUGAUCCUACUGAGCAAGUACAGGGCGAGGAGUACGACCCCAUUGAGCAGGUACAGGGCGAGGAGUACGACCCCAUUGAGCAGGUACAGGGCGAGGAGUACGACCCCAUUGAGCAGGUACAGGGCGAGGAGCACGACCCCAUUGAGCAGGUGCAAGGGGAGGAGAACGACCCUAUUGAGCAAGGCGAGGAGUACGACCCCAUUGAGCAGGUACAGGGUGAGGAGUACGACCCCAUUGAGCAGGUACAGGGAGAGGAGUAUGACCCCAUUGAGCAGGUACAGGGCGAGGAGCACGACCCCAUUGCGCAGGGCGAGGAGCACGACCCCAUUGCGCAGGGCGAGGAGCACGACCCCAUUGCGCAGGGCGAGGAGCACGACCCCAUUGCGCAGGGCGAGGAGCACGACCCCAUUGCGCAGGGCGAGGAGCACGACCCCAUUGCGCAGGGCGGGGAGCACGACCCCAUUGCGCAGGGCGAGGAGCACGACCCCAUUGCGCAGGGCGAGGCGCACGACCCCAUUGCGCAGGUGCAGGGCGAGGAGCACGACCCCAUUGCGCAGGGCGAGGAGCACGACCCCAUUGCGCAGGGCGAGGAGCACGACCCCAUUGCGCAGGGCGAGGAGCACGACCCCAUUGCGCAGGGCGAGGAGCACGACCCCAUUGCGCAGGGCGAGGAGCACGACCCCAUUGCGCAGGGCGAGGAGCACGACCCCAUUGCGCAGGGCGAGGAGCACGACCCCAUUGCGCAGGGCGAGGAGCACGACCCCAUUGCGCAGGGCGAGGAGCACGACCCCAUUGCGCAGGGCGAGGAGCACGACCCCAUUGCGCAGGGCGAGGAGCACGACCCCAUUGUGCAGGUGCAGGGCGAGGAGCACGACCCCAUUGUGCAGGUGCAGGGCGAGGAGCACGACCCCAUUGUGCAGGUGCAGGGCGAGGAGCACGACCCCAUUGAGCAGGUGCAGGGCGAGGAGCACGAUACCAUUCAGCAGGUUGAGACGGAGAUACACAGUGAGGAAAAUGUUCCGGUUCAACCUCCAAUACAACCAAGGCCUUACCCUGUGAAGUUUAUUCCGCCUUACGGCAUCCCAGUGCCUGUCACUCCCUUUCCUUUCAAGCUGCUUAGCCCUCGGGUGAUCCCUGUCAACGCGCUCGUGCCGCCUGAGCUCCAAAAGGUCAUGAAUCCCAAGCCUGUUCCUAUGCCCCGGCCGCUACCCAUUAGUCUUGCUGCAGCGGUCCGCGUGUUGUGCAGCGAAAACAAAAUGUACGUGAGGGUAAGGACUGACCUGUACGGAUUCAAGUGUAAAGCAGGCCAGUUGACUCUGGGGACCAGCUGCAGAAGCAAUGGAGUCUCUGGUGGGUAUCUUCUCUUUACAUAUGGCCUCAAAGAAUGUGGAAGCCAGGCGUCUGUGGAAGCUGGACAGUUGGUGUACAAGAACGUCCUUAAAUAUGUUCCAUCUGUGCAAAACAGUACAAUUCGGAGAUCUAUGCCAUUCACUCUACCCCUUCAGUGUCGUUACUAUAGGUAAGGAACCUCUUUCUAA